UGAAUCGAAUAAACAAUGUUAGGAAAAAAAUUAUUUUUCAUUCGAAAAUUUUUUAAUGAUUUAAAAAAAGUAUUAUCUAAAGCAGCUUUCUUUAUUACAUGCCUUCAUUUCCUUAGGGAUCAUUUUGCUCACCUCUAUGGUCCUGCUGCUGCAAUAGAAGAUCACAAACCGCUUUUGUUACACAAAGUAUCCACAGAAGAGGACGACAUUUUGGAAGUACUCCCUCCAGUCGCCGAAGAGGAGGAAGAAGAAGCAGAACAGAGAGAUGAAGCUGACAUUCAAAAGUUAAGGCGGCAUAGUACGAAAUUCGAUAUGCAGGAGCCCGAUGAGGCUAAACCUCUGAGGUCCAAAAAAACUGGUCGUUCCAUCGUAAAAUUUGCGAUUGGGGCUGCCAGGCAUCUUCGGAUACCAAUACCGGAAAGAAAUUCUGAAGCUAGCGCUGUUCCAAAGCGUCCUCCACUCCUGAAGCGUCAAACUACACUGGCAUUGUUUGCAAAGCCUCCUGAAGAAGAUGCAUCAAGAGUAUUGCAAAAAGCACUUCUCGACAACCCCUACAACAAGUUUCAUCACAAGUAUAAUCCGAAUUUAGUGUAUGAUGAGGACCAAGACAUGACAGCUCACUUGAGAAAACGACGCCUACGUGCAAGGAGGCUGACAAUGUUAGCUAUGCACAAUAAUAGCUUAGGUACACCUGAAAGAAGACUAUCAUCCACUGAUGAAGAACCCGCUAUUAAUAAUCCACUAGUACCUCUAGCAGCGUCGUUCUUCAUAGAAAGAGCGCAAAGGCGCAGAGCUUUGAGAAAAGACAUUCCAAAAGAAGCUUCAGCAGAGGCAGUGCCAACACAAAUAAGCUAACUAAACUAGAAAGGCAAAGUGCCAUUUCAGGAACACGAGAUUCUAAUGGUGUGCUCACUAUUGGGGGAGAAGAUGAAACAAAUGUAGAAAUAGAGAUCAGACCAGCCCAAGAAGGAUCAGAUAAACGUGAACACAGGAAAUCUACGGAAUCUGAAGUGUAAUGAUUUUCCAUUUUAAUGCGGUUUAAACUGCAUCUGUCAAGUAAAGUACUUUGAUAAACUUGUGGAGCGUAAACUUUAGGCAAUGCGAUGAACAUUACACAUCUUUAAAGCAAAUGUAAUAAGGUUUCUAUACAAACCCAAAGGACAGCAUAGGAUGAAACCAAAGCCAGUUUUAAUUCAUUCCUGUCAACAAUGUCUAAAAUUAGGAUUAUAAAUCAGAAAAAAAUUAGUUGAUUUAUUAUCUAAGAAACCAAAAACAAAAGGUUAAAAAUUAUAUGAUUCAUCAAAUGCACUGCCUUAUUUUCCGACAUGUAAUUUGAGGUUUCAGGCCAGAAAUUUAUCUUCUGAAGAGUCUAAUCAACUUAUACGCCAGGUAUAAAAUAAUAAUUUAUAUUUGUAUUUGGUAACCAAGUUAAUGAAUGUAUUCAAUAAAAGUGAUUAAUUAUUUAUUUAUCAUUCCAAAUAAAACAUUAAGCAAAA